AUGUUUCUUAAGCCCUUCCGAAUUUGCGCCUUGCUCUGCCUCAUCUUGGCAUUGCAGCUUGCUACAGCCCAGAGCUUCCAAGUUAUCCGACGAGCCGACGACGCGACGCCGACCGCAGGCGGCGCACCACCAGCCACAACCAAACCACCCGUCGAGACUGGCAAAGGAGACGAUGGUAACAACGACAGCAGCUCCAAGUCUGCUUCUGGCGAUUUGAGUGCAUCGCUCACUGGCACUGCAACGGACAGCCAUAAUAGCACCGCGAGCGGAACGAGCACGGCAAGCACUCCCACGCCCAGCUUGUCGGGGAACUCGACUUUCCUCAAUGUUACAAUUCCUCACGGACAGCUACCUCUUGCGCCGGUACUUACACCAGGAUGGGGCGUGGCGGGAAUUAUCAUGAUGCUCACCGGUCUGGUCUACGCUCUUAUCGGAAUCAAGAAUCCCUGGAUCCAUGCAUUCUUCUCGACCGCAUACAUGGCAGCAUUGGGUGUCACGGUUCUCAUUGUCUAUGUCAUGAAUGUUCCGUUGAGCAAUGCAUUGCAAGGAGGCUACGUCGCAGCCAUUAUCCUCUCUGGCUGUGCAAUUGGCGCGGCGUCCAUUUUCUUCAAGGAAUUGACUGAAGGGCUGGGCUGUGCUCUUGGAGGUUUUUGCUUUAGCAUGUGGCUACUUUGCUUGGUCCCUGGCGGUCUGCUCCAUUCGACGGCCUCGAAAGCCAUUUUCAUCGCCUGCUUCACGCUCGUGGGCUUCGCCUUUUAUUUCAGCCGCUUCACUCGCGACUGGUCUCUGAUUGUUUCCAUCGCUUUUGCCGGUGCCACUAUAGCAGUUUUAGGAAUCGACUGCUUCAGCCGCGCCGGCCUCAAGGAAUUCUGGGCUUGGAUCUGGGCACUCAAUGACAACCUUUUCCCUCUCGGGGCGGAUACCUAUCCAGUCACCAGAGGCAUUCGAGUUGAAACCGCAGCCAUCGUGAUAAUAUUCCUUGUGGCCACCAUGUCGCAGGUCAGACUCUGGAAAAUCGUGCGCGAGAAGCGCGAGAAGCGGGCUGCACUCCGCGCUGAAGGCCAGCGAAAUCUCGAGGAGGAGGAGGAGACUGUUGGCCGGCAAAUCGAAGAAGCGAACGCUCGGGAUCGGGCUGAAUGGGAACGCGUAUAUGGUGAUGGGGGCGCUGAGAGUAUCACAGCUUCGCACCUUACUGAAAACGGAGAGGUCCAUGAAAAGGACCUGUCUCGCAGCAGGGUUUAUGCUGCCAGAAAGGGCUCUGGCGAGGCAACUGAAAUGAGCGAACUGUCGGAAUGCGGUCAGAGCGGCAUGGACCAGCUAAUGGCUGGCGAAGGAGAAGACGGUGGAGUGACUGUGCGAGUUGGUGCUGAUGAAAUUCACGAGGGUGAAGGCGAUGAAAUGGUCGCGGGUGACCAAGACAUGGUGGUUAACGAGAAGGUGGAUGAAGGUGUAGAUGUUCCACAACAACCUACCGCCGUCGGACAGCGCAGCUCGAAAAUUUCAACCCAGAACAGGCGUGCCUCUGGCAAUCCUGCCACCAGUGGCAGGGCUCUUGCACACUCGCAGAUGGUCACACCUUCACCUGAUGUCGUACCUUUACCAUUCAACGUACCCAAGGGCCACCGCGCGCGAUCUGAGCGAUCUUCCGUCGCGACUUUUGCCGACGAUGCCGACGAGGAUCUGACGUCGGUAGCUCCACGCCGCGACCAAAGACAUUCAGUGGUCAAGCGCCUAUCCCGAGGAUCCGCUGAUCUGCUUCGAAGUCUAUCCCAACGAUCUGGCCGCUCUUCGCACACUCCCGAGCUCGCACACAACGGCGGCGAGAGUACCGAAAUGCUUCUGACGCAGAUGAAACCCCAUCGCCAAAACCAAGAUAACGAGUCACUCGCCGCUACAGUGGACUUGGAGAGUGUGAGUGGUGGCGAGCGUCGCUCAAUCGACCUGGAUGAUGGCGAUAAUGACCCGGAGGCCGAAGUGAAGGCUGUGGAUGAAGCAGAAGAAAAGGAUGAGCUGAAGGAUGCUGAAGCCCCUCCGGCGCACACGACUGCAGUCGACCAAGCUAGUGUAACAUCGAAGAAGGCAACGAGACAAAGCACGGCAUCUCAAAACAAGCGAAGCAGCUUCCGCUCUCAGGUGGUGGCCGGCCCCGCCGAGUCAGAGGCCCCUGACGAGUCGGUCUAUGCGCCGCAAUCAGAGAUGCCUAAGUCUAUUGCAUCUGAGAUGUCCGGCCCUGUGAGCCUGACCAGAGAGCGCCUUCCAAGCUCGCUGUCUCGAGUUGCGUUGUCUUACCGGACCAAUGAGUGGGCUAAGCAUCUCAGCAAUGCUGAUCUGCCUGAUAUGGAUCAGCUGCCAGUUGAGAAGCCCGUUCGCACCAAAAAGGCUGCCAAGGAGCGCGCCAAGCCGGUCAAUAUCGAGGAACUGCAAAGGACCGCAGAAGACGGAGCGCCCGCGCCCGCGCUUCCGCGGUCACAAUCAAGAAUGUCUACAAUGUCCAUUGCCAGUGCGAAACCGCAAACACCGGUACCAGCUGAGGCUGAACCCACGCAGAUGAUAAUUCCAGUGGCUACCACAUCACCGCGCGAUACGUCUAGCCCCGUUUCGCCGACCGACACCACCGCCGCCCCUAGAUUGCGGUCUGCCUCUUCUACAAAUAUGCGCAAAAUUUCCCCGACAGUUCAACCGAUUCCCGAGGAAGAGCGAAGUGUCACUGAUGCUUCUGGUGUGUUGCCAGUAGCUCACGAGGAGGACGAACACCCAGCCAUGGAAGCCAGUCCGGUCCUGGAAGCCAGCCAAUUUGUCAAGCCCGCCGCUGUCCCUGGGAUUGUUUCCUACGCCAGUCCACAAACACUUCUUGGACAACGUGAGAUGUUCCUCCGCACCAGGUCACAAGGGAGCCUUGUGAACACUAUUGGCGAGAUGCAGGCCACACCGGCCCCUCCCACAGCUGCCGCUAGCGACGCUGGCUCAAUACACAACUACCCCAUGUACGCCGCUGCAUUUGCCUCGGAUCCCGACGAAAUUCCAUUGAGCCAACGCCGCUCCAUGAUUCUCGGUAGCCGCAUGUCGAUGAACGAGUCGUCAUAUUCCCUGAACCGCAGCGAGAGCCGUGCCGGUAGCAGUCAUGGCGGUGUUGACAACCUCACUUUCAACUCUCACCAGCCCCAGAGAAACUCGGGCCUCCCCACACAGGCCGUUCGAGAUACCCAGCUUGCCAACUUCCGCAUGUCUGUUUCGCAGGACCUGCGCGCUGGCAAUCCAAUGAUGAGCAGCGGUGGCCGCGAAACUCCCUUUGCGUCUACCAACUCGCUACUUGGCGGGCGUGAAGCCGAGGUGCAGCGCAACAUUGAGAUGCAGCGCCACGUUCUGAUGGGCCAAAAGGAGGCUGAGGCUCAGAGAAGAGAGAUGCAGCGCCGCGAUAAAGAAUUUUCUGACCGUGCCUUUGACGAUCGCAUGCGUAGCGGUGACCUCCUUGACGCGCACCGCGAAGCCAUGCGCAAGAUGCAGCGAGGGUCUGGUAAACGCUAA